AUGGAGCGCGCGGGGAAGAGCCCGCUGAGGGUGAGGAGCGCUCUGCUCUUCAUCAUCCUCUGGAAGUGCGUGUCCUGUUAUGAGAAGACUCAUUCACAUGCAGAGGACGAACUCUUCAAAAAGCUUUUUGUUGGCUACAACAAGUGGUCCCGGCCUGUGCCAAAUACCUCGGACGUCGUCAUCGUUAAAUUCGGCUUGUCCAUUGCCCAGCUCAUCGAUGUGGAUGAGAAGAACCAGAUGAUGACAACCAAUGUCUGGCUGAAACAGGAAUGGAAUGACUACAAACUGAGGUGGAAGCCUUCUGAUUAUGACAAUGUGACAUCCAUCAGGGUGCCAUCAGAGCUCAUUUGGGUUCCAGACAUUGUGCUGUACAACAAUGCUGAUGGGGAGUUUGCUGUGACUCACAUGACCAAAGCCCAUCUCUUCUACACUGGCAAAGUGCGCUGGGUCCCCCCAGCCAUCUACAAGAGCUCCUGCAGCAUCGAUGUCACAUUCUUCCCCUUCGACCAGCAGAACUGCAAGAUGAAGUUCGGCUCAUGGACAUACGACAAGGCCAAGAUCGACCUGGAGCGCCUGGAAACUACGGUGGACCUAAAGGACUACUGGGAGAGUGGCGAGUGGGCCAUCAUCAAUGCUGUAGGCACCUACAACACCAAGAAGUAUGAUUGCUGCCAUGAGAUCUACCCAGACAUCACCUACUUCUUCAUCAUCCGCCGCCUUCCUCUCUUCUACACCAUCAACCUCAUCAUCCCCUGCCUGCUGAUCUCCUGCCUGACCGUGCUGGUCUUCUACCUGCCCUCAGACUGUGGCGAGAAGAUCACUCUUUGCAUCUCUGUGCUUCUCUCACUGACUGUCUUCCUCCUGCUCAUCACAGAGAUCAUCCCGUCCACCUCAUUGGUCAUCCCGCUCAUUGGCGAGUACUUGCUCUUCACUAUGAUCUUUGUCACGCUCUCCAUCAUCAUCACCGUCUUUGUGCUGAACGUCCAUCACCGCUCACCUGGCACCCAUGAGAUGCCACGCUGGGUACACGCCGUCUUCCUGGAGCUCAUCCCCCGCUGGCUCUUCAUGCGCAGGCCAGCGCCUGACAGCCGCCGUAGGCAGAGGCUGCUGCUCCUGCAGCAAGGUCAGAGGUCACGGGCUCCUGGAGCAUCCUGCCUGAGCACUUCAGCCAGCUGGUUCAGGGAGGAGUCGAGGACCUGCUGCUAUGAAGAUCUGGAACUGGGUACACUUUCCUCUGCUUUUUCACUCACCUUUCGCCCUCCUUCACCCCGGCCGCCAGGCUCCACGCCGCCACCACUGCAGAAGCACGGAGCUCUGCCCAGACAGGAGGGGGGCGUGACAUGUCUGCCAAACUCCAGGCAUCCAGGAGCUAGACUAAACCACAGCAAGCGGCCCACUGAAGACAACCAGAGGUCCCCUCUGUCUCCCAGCAUCAUGCAGGCACUUGAGGGGGUUCACUACAUAGCAGACCAUUUGAGAGCAGAAGAUGCCGACUUCAGUGUUAAAGAGGACUGGAAGUAUGUUGCCAUGGUGAUAGAUCGGAUCUUCCUGUGGAUGUUCAUCAUUGUGUGCCUACUGGGCACCAUCGGCCUGUUCCUCCCCCCCUGGCUGGCUGGCAUGAUCUAGAGCUUGGCCACUCGCACACUCAUAGACACGUAAAUGCACUGUGAGAACACAUCAGGAACGCUACAUGUGGAGGAAUCAUGGCAAAACAAAGUGCUCCUUCAACAGAAGAAAAAGACCAUUGAAGAGUAAGAAAUUCCUUGCAGUGAACAGUCGCUGCUGUGCACGAGCCCAGAGAGCAAACUUAUCUCUGAAUGUACAACCUUGCAGUAAAUACUGUUGAAUAAAAUGUGGCACCUUAAAAAAGAAGUGUGAGUAAUGUCUCUUUCUCUCUCAGUGUCUUUCUUUCUGUCUCUCUCUCUCUGGCACUCAUGGAUCAGUGGAUCAGGUUCUGAGGCAGUCAGAUUUAGAGGAUGUGAUGUGUGCUGGCAUAACCUCAGGGAGCAGUGAAGUGUAGGCCGGGUAGUUAUAAUCCUACAUUGGCCUGCAUCUGAGGAUCGAUUUCUUUUGUUUUGAACCUCUUGAAAUCACAGGCUUAUUUUAUACUAAGGCUUAUUACUCAGUAACUACAGGGACUUAAGUGCAAACUGGUUGAGCUAUUCUUAGGUUAUAGAAGUUUGUAAUAAAACUUUGGGCCCACUGGCAGGAACUAGCCUUUCAAGGGGUUAAAUAUGAUGAUUGCACCAAGAUGUAGGCAAUAUUGUACUCAUCAUUUCUUUGUUUAAGUAGCAGCCAUUUAAGUUGCGAUCCUAUUAUACACCUGUUACUACAGCUUCUGUUUUAUUCAGCAGACUUGCUUUCAGAUUUUUGAAGAAAUCUGCAACCACAUUUUGCACACCCCCAAAGUUCAGUCUUAGAAGUUGGUUGCAU